AGGUUGAAAUAAGAAAGAGGGGACUAAUAUCGGGAAACCCCUACUUUUUCCCUAUCAAAAAAUUGGGAGCUAAGUUCCCUUUUCGAUUUCUAAAUCAGUAAUCACUUUAUCAAUCUUGUUCAUAGGAGAUCGCAUCCCUUUUGGGCUUCUUAGAUUUCAUCGAUUCCAGUCCUUUUUGGUUGAUUUUCACAUGGCAACAAAAGCCAUAAGAAGGCGUCUCCAUCAUGCUGAUGUUGAUGGAAGGAAAAAUGAGCAUAUGGACACUUCCGGAAUUGAUACAAUAAAUGAACCUCUACUAGGAAAUUAUAAUUACAGUGCAAGCCACUCCGAGGGAUAUGGUGAUAGAAGUCAGCAAGAUACCUGGGAUGACAAGAAGAAAGAGAGCCUCCACUGGGCAUUUCUUUUCUCCAAUGUGAUUGCUCAGUGGGCACAAUGGUUAGCAAAUAUUGUUCUCAAUACUGGAUCAAUGUUGGGAAGACUUUUGCCUCUUCCUUCUAUUAAUUAUAAUGGGCAGGCUAAUUGGAAUAAGCAAGUUUUUAUUAGCCCAUUGCAGGAAGAGAGAUUGCAAAACCUGAAACAGAGAUUGGGGGUUCCAUUCGAUGAUACUCGCCUGGAACAUCAAGAAGCCUUGAAGCAUCUCUGGAAAUUGGCUUAUCCCCAGCGAGAAAUCCCUCCUCUUAAAUCAGAGUUAUGGAAGGAAAUGGGUUGGCAAGGUUCUGACCCAUCAACUGAUUUUAGGGGUGGUGGCUUUGUAUCAUUGGAGAACCUCAUUUUUUUCGCCCGGAACUACCCAGCCUCUUUUCAACUGUUGUUACACAAGAAAGUAGGAACACGGGCAGAGUGGGAGUACCCCUUUGCUGUAGCUGGUAUCAACAUAUCAUUUAUGUUGGUGCAAAUGUUGGACUUGCAAUCAGGCAUGCCUUCUUCUAGAGCAGGAGUUCGUUUUCUGCAACUUCUAGCAGAAGACAAAAGGGCAUUCGAUAACCUCUUUUGUGUAGCUUUCCUAAUGAUGGAUGCCCAGUGGCUGGCAAGACGAGCUUCUUAUAUGGAAUUCAAUGAAGUUCUUAAAUCUACGAGAACACAGUUGGAACGUGAGCUUUCGCUUGAAGAUGUCUCCAGUGUAAGAGACCUUCCGGCAUACAACAUGUUGAAUGGAUAACUCUGCGAUAAGUUUUCAUCUUUUUAUAGACACAUUAAUCAAACGAAAUGUAGACAAGCAAGCGGCUUGUAAGUUAAUUCUGUACAGUGAUAAACUCUGCUUAAUCCAUUGGAACUGAUGAAAAUAUCUAUUACAAUAAUGGAAAGAGGUAAUAUUUUAUAGUUGUA